AUGAAGUUCAACGUCCUCGCUCUCUCCACACUGCUGGUGCUCGCCGCCGCGCAGGACACUACCACCACCACUGCUAAUCACGCGGCGACCACAGCCAACGCUGAGGUUUCCUGCGCCAGCAAGUGCGACGCCAACGAUGUGUGCUGCCGCGCCAGAUGCUACAAGGUGCCCUGCCCCAGCGACAGCCAGGCCAACGACACCAACAGCUGCGUCGCUGCCUGCCCUCAGGGGAACGGUACAGCGGCGGAUACCCAGCGGUACUCGGAUUGUGAGCAGAACUGCUACAGCUCGCACUUCUUCCCGGCCACCAAUGCCGGUAGCCGCCAGACCGAGACUGUCUCCACUGGCAGCACCACCGUGACGGAGACUGGUGCAUUCACGUCUGUGGUUACAAACUCCGCUGGCAGCCCCGUUACAACCGUUACUACUGCCACCAACACUGCCAAGGGUGUUACCCAGACUACCAAUGCGGCCAGCCAUGUCAACCUGGGUGCUUCUGCUGCAGGUCUUCUGGGCCUGGUUAUGGCUGCCUUUGCUCUGUAG